AUGUACAAGUUGAAUCCUAUCGAGUAUAUUGAGGAUUGUCCAUAUUCAACGUUUUUAGAGAGAUACUUAAAACCAUGUGUUCCUGUGUUGAUUGGAAAAAAUUUGACUGCAAAUUGGGAGGCUCGAAAAAGGUGGGUUCAUCGAUCUCAACAGGACAUUUUUGAAAAUCGUGAAGAAAGACAGUUACCAAAGGGGCUUGAGUUUCUUCGGUCUAAAGCUGUUUCGCAUAACGACCUUUUUUCGGAUAAUUUAUGGGAAUGCUUAUUGGAAGCUAGUAAACAGUAUUAUACUAAUGAAGAGGAAGCUCUUCAGGAUUUGUUACUUUCUCCCAACUAUGUGCACCUAAAGCAAGUGUACGGGGAAGUUGAGGUACCCUUGGCAUAUUGUACUCAAAAAGACAAGUACGGCGGUCAAAAGCGUGAAACUGUUCAACUCGGGAAAGCGCUGCAAAAACUUCAAGAAGAGGACGAGAUGUUGCGAUCAAUGUCAUUGCCAACAUCCGAAGACUCUUGCAAUUUAAAAAGUAUAUAUCCCAAAGAUAUGCAUUUAUUUCGGAAUCCAUCUAUCCCUAUACCUUACGAAACGCCUGAUUUGUUUGUGGAUGAUUGGCUCAAUGCAUACACAAUUCACCAAGAAAAUGAUGAUUUUCGUUUUGCCUACAUUGGGAGUCAUUUAACAACAACACCUUUGCAUAAAGAUGUAUAUGAAAGCCACUCCGUGUCCGUCAACUUAUGCGGUGUAAAAUGCUGGAUUUUCAUUGCUCCGUCCGAUGCAGAGUAUCUUCAAAGUAAAUUCGAGGAUGAAGGGUUGCCAUCCUGGAUCUCCCAACGAAGCCUUCUCGAGGAGGAAUCUUUCAAAGAAAUUCGUGGGAAUUUGCGGAUUUUGUUUCAGUUUCCAGGCCAAACAGUCUUCGUCCCCAGUGGAUGGUACCAUCAAGUAUUGAACAUUGGCACUACACUAUCCAUCAAUCAUAAUUGGUGCAAUGCUUCCUGCAUCUUACAAAUGCAUUUGGCUCUUCAAAAACAGUAUGAGGCAACGUCUGCGUCCCUUCGGGAUUUGCUGGAUGACGGCAUCGUUUCAAAAGAAAGAUUUUCAGAAGUUGUAACGGAGGUAGUAGAAGCUAACUAUGGAUGGAAUUGGAAACGUUUUUGGUCGAUGGUGUCCUUUCAUUUACAACGAAGACAAGCUAUUGACUCGUCUCGUGCAUCGCCUCUUCAAUCCUCAGAAUCGAUUCCUCCUCUUCCAAAAUGCAUUCCUCCUUGGUCAUGGGAAAAAAAUAUCCCUUUCCUCAUAUCACUUUCUGUGCAUAUUUCCCUUAGAGAAGAUACCAAAUUUGAGCUUGACAAGAAAUAUCAAGUUUUGGUAGAUCCGGGAUCUUGA